AUGGCCCUAGGGCUGAAGGGCAUACCAUACGAAUACGUGGAAGAAGAUCUUGGAAACAAAAGUGAGUCACUGCUACACUACAAUCCUCUGUAUAAGAAGGUUCCUAUCCUACUUCAUGAUGGACGGCCCAUCUCAGAGUCACUCAUCAUCCUUGAAUACAUCGAGGAGACGUGGAAGGAUCCUCCCCUUCUACCAUUGGAUCCUUACAUGAAAGCCAAAGCCCGGUUUUGGCCCACUUCUAUGAGCACAAGUGGAAUAGUCAUCAAACGUGAGGGGAAAGAACAAGAGGCAGCUAUUGAAGAGUUGUUUAAGAACCUCUCAAGUUACGGCAAAAGUGCGACGCCGCCCACCAACCUGAUGCAAUCCUCGAUCCAGGUUGGGAUCAUGCUUUAUGGGACAACAUUGGCGGUUAAGGAGGAUGUUGAGGAGGAUGAGUAG